CCAAUUCUCAGUGAAAAUGGCCGAAGUAAGGAUUGCUGCACCGCAACACGUUUCGUUGCUCUUUCGGUAACGGCGUCGUUUGACUCCGCAAAGUUUCUAAUCGUCUGUAUUCUUUCCGCCGGCCGCAAUUUCUGCAUCCUGCCCCGUCUACGCCGCCGGCAAGUGCCGGAACUGCAAGAAGAGAAACCGAGAACUGAACAGUGAACUACUCCAAAGUCCAAACCGAAGCUCUGAACUCAAUUUGAAAAGGGGAAAGCCAUUGCAGCUCACGCUAGACUUUCCAAACCACAGAGGAGACGCGACGAACUGGGACGAGAAAGCCUACCGAGAGUCUUUAGGACGGCGUGGGCACCUUCUCCUGAUCCCGUUCCAGACGCCGUCGUUGUAGCCUCCAGUCAUGGAUCGAUCGCUUCGUACUCUAUCUCUUCUUGCGCCUCCAAACUCGUAAGUACUUUUUAGCUACGAUUAUCUGAUCAAUUUUCUGAGACGAUGAUCUGAUUAAUUUUCCUUUUGGCAACAGCCAGUGGGUUUCGGCUACGGAAUGGCUCAGCGGUAAGUACUUGACGAAGCUGGUGACUGUUCUCUGACGGACGGGUGACGAUACGUUGUAUGUGUUUCCAAUUCCUUACUUUUUUUCCCUCUCAAGUACUCUGAAGGAGCUCUUUAUUUUGGUCAUUUGCUAGGGUUGAGCCUACUGGAUUUGUUCAAGCCCAUGAUGGACCAGCAUAUGAUGUCUCAAAUUCUAUGGCAGUGGUGAAGAUGCUUUGUUACUGAGGUUUGGUACUAACAUUGCUGUUGCUGUCUUCUUCCUCCACGAUUUGCUUAAUCUGUGAUCCCUUUUAUACAUUGAGUUGGUGGGAAGGGCUGUGUCUGCAGAAAGUGGAUUGCAUCUAUUAGUUUGUAAUUUGGUGAUGAUGGCUUGGAAAUGGAAGGAAGUUACGGAAUCAGAGAUUCCAGUUUCCACGCAAGGUAAUAGAAGUAGAUUUAAAAGAAAUGAGGGGUUAAGCCUGUAGCUAAACAAACGUAUAGAACAUUGCUUGCUCUAAUUGAUGCACGAGACUGCUAUACCAUCAGUCAACAUGGUUGCUUCAAAUCAUUAAAUUAGCAGUCAGCUCUGGAUGUUACCUGUUUUGUGGUUUCUGAAUGGGUGUUUUAGAGGAUUGGUUCCAUAUGAUCUUGUAUAUGAUCCUCUUUCGGCCAAAAUUUUACGCCUCGGGGUUCUUUGCACAGGAAACCAUAUGGAGCCAGUGGUUGACUUGGUGAAUCCCCAACACAGGUUAGUCAAGACUCAUGAUAAAUCUUAAUGGAUAUUACCAUACAUUUGUUUCUUGUCCUCUACCUUGCACUUGAUUACUCACCGUAAAGGAUGAUUCAUUAUACAUAGGAUGGUAUCACAACUCAAAUUAGGUCAUGAACUAUUGGUUCAUCGUGGUGCCUGAUGGAUCACUGACUUUUGACUGGCAACAUAAUUUUGUUAAUUUUCCUUUGGUUAAUGGGUUCACGGACGAAGUUUGUUUCUUUUGCCAUACUGUUAACGUCUUCUCAGAAUUAUUUCUUUUAUUGACAUCUUCAGAGGUCCAUGGGGUGCUCUUUCACCAAUCCCUGAAAACAAUGCUAUUGCUUUAGGCACUCAGGUUAGAAUGAGUGAUUUAUGCAUUGUGCAUUGAUGUUUGAAAUACCCCCUGUUGCUCGAACAAAAAGUCCAUUGUUAAAACUUGCUUGUUUAAUAGGACGCAUCCAUAUUUUCUGCUGCUGGUGAUUCUUGUGCAUAUUGUUGGGACGUGGUAUGUACUUGCUCAAGGUGCAAAUUUUAUUGGUUUCACUGAAUCCACAUGGAACUAUUUCACUGACAGUGACCAUGCAUGUUUAAAUCCAUUCUGCAAAUUCAGAUCAAUUAUAUCCUGAUUGCUUUGUAACUAUCCAGGAGACAACUAAGAUUAAAAUGGUUUUUAAGGGGCACUUGGAUUACUUGCACUGUAUAGUUUCCCGCAACUCUUCCAACCAGGUAAUGUUAUUUCCUCUUCAACAUCGUAUCUUUUGGUUUCUAAAAUACCAUGCUCUUUUUAAGAUGGUGAAAGUCUGGUGAAAGGAUUUAUGUUUUGAGUGAUCAUCAAUUGACCCGAGUAGGAAACUAUCUCAGAAAUUAUCUCCUGGAUAUUGCUCACUAUAGGUGCAAAAGUUUGCAAUUAUUUUCGCGAAGGAAAAAUUACAUCCAUAGCCUUUUAUUCUUAUUUGGAUUGUUGCAUCAUAGGAAACCACUGGGAAGAUGCUGUAACUUGUAUGAGGAGCCUCAUGGCUAUUAGUUCUCAACUUCUGGGGUCUAAUCUAAGAUUCUCAUAUCAGCCUCCAAAAGAAUGAAGACUUCUGACUGUCCAAGCACACAAAUUAUAAAUUGGCUAGUUUUCAUUUGUUCUUUUAUUAUCAUUGUUUGACUUUACAAUAUUGCUUUUGGUUAUAUUGCAAGAGUCUCAUACUUAUUUAGGCUCUGAGAGUCCUUUUGGCAUCUAACUAUCUGUAGAUCAAUUGCCUUUCGAAAUGACUGUAUGAGACUAGGUCUAUCAAUCAACUGCAGGGGUAACAGCUCCUGAAAUUCGACCAAUCCUGAAACAUAUACUGUUCUUUUUGGUGAUCUUUUCCCAUUUUACUCCUGACAGCAACACCAAGCAUAAUAAUAGAGAAAUUUGGUGACUGUAUGUUGUAGAUACUGAGCAUGGUUACCCACCAUUUGCCUUUGCUUUCGGGUUAUAACUGGUUCUGAAGAUGGAACAACAAGAAUUUGGGGUAAAAUACUCUUUUGAAUAUCAAGGAUCGCAGCUACCUAGUCCAAUUGAAUAUCAAGGAUCACAGCUACCUAGUCCAAUAGAGAUAAAGUGACUGGUUGAUUUUAUAUAUUAUAUUUCUUUGAUAGAUAUAAUGCCAGUUUGAUGACAUUAGUUUGGAGACCAAGACCCCAACUAUAUCCAUGCCAAUAGGGGAUAAGUUUAGAAUGGUCAUUAGUGUGGAAGAGAAGGUGAUUGACUUUGUAAUUUGUAGUCAUUUUGAUAGUGUUUUUUCCCCCAGCUUCUAGAGAUCAGAACAGAAGAUGAGAAUCAGGAAGAAAAACUUAUUUCGAAUUUGUCUUGCGAGGUAGAAGUGGUGCUUUUUGGUGUUUCCGUUUUAUGUUAGGCAUUGGGAAAGCCUUUUGGUUAUGCACCGGCAAAUUUCGUCCCGAAUCUGGUUGCAAGUUUCUGAUAGCUACUUUAGCGAUAAUCUGAAUGCCCCAUCUGUAGUUUUAUGCUCAGUUUAUGAUAAAAUGGAGUAGCUUUUUCCAGAUUGCAAAAGUGGGAAGUGCAUCAGAGUAAUUGAUCAGGGGAAGGAUAAGAAGUUGAAAAGAUUCUCUACCUCCGUUAGAUGCAUUGCACUUGAUUCAAGUGACAGCUGGUUGGUAUGUUUUUGGGAAGAUACCAUUCUAGUUUGAUGCAUGUUCUGAUAUGAUUGAUGAAGGAUGUCUGUUGUUGUACAGUGGAUGAGAGGGAGACGAACAUACAAUCGUGUUUCCAAUGUUAAGAAGUGAAAUGUUUUGUCGAGUAUUGCUGACAGUUAACAAGGCUAAUAGUUGAACAGGGUGGCUUACCAAAACAUUGUCCAUGUUCAUAGGCUUGUAGCAGUGGUCAGAGCUUAUCAGUUUGGAAUCUGCACGCUUCCGAGUGCGUUUCGAGGACUUCUACUAGUGCAUCCAUGCAAGACAUGAUAUUCGACAACAACCAAGUACUAGCUGUUGGAUCAGAACCUUUCCUCAGUCGAUUCGAUCUAAAUGGGAAGAUUCUUUCACGAAUGCCAUGCGCUCCUCAGUCAGCAUUCUCUGUCUCUCUACAUCCAUCAGGGGUGACAGCAAUUGGAGGUUACGGCGGUCUUGUAGACGUGAUAUCCCAGGUUCGAAGCCACUACUGCACUUUCCGAUGCAGCCGAACAUAAAGAGAGAAAGCGAGAAUGUCUACAGUGUAUUUUUAUUCGCGUCACCUCUAGUAAAUCACGCGAGAGUUGCGUCUGCAAUCAGAAGCUGUCAGCAGCAACAUCUGGAUGAUCCCAUUUCAUUUUCAGACGAUUGCUGCAAAACAGUUAAAGAAGUUUAGGGGGGAACACCACAGCAACAGGAGAGGUCUCUCUGUUUUCAAUUGUAAAGACGAAUUGGGUGUCGCUGCGUCUUAGAACUUCUGUAGACAUGAUUUCUUUCAUCUUAACCCAAUUUGAUGUUAGUUAACCCUCUUAUCCCCAUGAAUCCAUCUGGAAACAUGCUUUCAGUGUCACUGUUGUGAAUUGUGAUCGAUCUCGGAUUCUCGGUGGUCGAGUAAAGUGGUAAAACACCACGGCAUAAUUUUUUUAUGGGCAGGAAUCGAACUCUCGAUCUCAUGAUGAAUGGACGAGACGACCAACCAAUUACCAUGCUGCGCUCUCUUGCUAGUCCACUGUUUUCCCUAGUCAGUAGGCGAGGAAAUGGGCUUCUGAGCCGAUCGAUCAUUCUAAAGGCCCAAUCCGAAUGGGCCGAGGAGUGGAAGCCCAGCCCGCAAGGAGUACGGAUCCGGGAAGGAAAAAAGAGAGACGGACAAAAGCGACGGUAUAUAUACAAGAACCGGAGCAAACCCUUCGCCUUCUCUAACCCUUUUGGCUUCCGCGAAAAAGCAAAAUACAAGACUAUCCCCAGCCGCAGCACAGCGGCAGCCAACCAGCAGCUCUCUCUCUCUCUCUCUUGUUCUCGACUUAGCGUUCCUUCUCUAUUAACUCCGUGAGAAGAACCGCUCAAAACCCUAGUUCUUCUUUCCCGAGACGAGACUACUCCUCGUCAAACCGCCUUCGUCAAAUCUCAGCAAUCGUAAACACACAGGUUUCCCCCUUUUUCUCCCUCUUCUCGCAUCUCGUCCUUGGUUCGCCGGUUGUUCUUCCCUUGAUUUCUUUUAUGCUGUGUCGUCGAUUUACCACCUGAGAAAUAUUGUUGUGCGGCUGGGACCUUACUGGGUUUCCGAUCUCUCUUUGAUCUGGAGUGUCAUGUUUAGCAUGUUCUAAAUGUUGAACUGGCGCAUCUAGACGCUGUGUAGAGUAAAUCUGCUUGAAUUUUCGGUUGAUUUGGUUCCUGUUUGUCCCGGUUUGUAUGGGAUGGGUUUCAUGUCAGAUUUUUUGGUUUGUUGUUGUGGUUCUCGGCUUCUUACGAGGUCGAUUUGUAUGGAUUUUGCAGGUUCAGAUAUGGCAGGACUAGCACCAGAUGGCUCCAACAAUUUUGAUGCCAAGAGCUAUGAUCAAAAGAUGAGCGAAUUGUGAGUGGCCAUUGGUUUUGUUGUUUUUAUUCUUUUGGUGGAAAAAGCUUCUACCUUUCCCCCUUCCUGUUUGUGUUUAGGUCUAACUUAACUUCUGCAUAAAACUCUUUUGAGAAGCAUCCUAAUAAACCUAUUUUCUUAUCCUACAACUUGUGUCUUGUAGACUUUUGGCUGAUGGACAGGACUUCUUUGCUUCCUAUGAUGAGGUCCACGAAACUUUCGACUCUAUGGGCUUGCAGGAGAAUCUUCUUAGGGGCAUU